AGAAAACAGAAGCGUCAAACAUAAGUGAUUAAAUCGCUGAAAAACCUGAUUCCCGAUGGGAGUCCCAGCGUUCUUCCGAUGGCUAAGUCGGAAAUAUCCCGCAAUUUUGGUAAAUUGUGUGGAAGAAAAGCCAAAACAAGUUGGAGAUGUAAAGGCUCCAGUGGACUCUAGUCAGUCUAACCCAAAUGAGGUGGAGUUUGACAACCUGUACCUGGACAUGAACGGCAUCAUUCACCCAUGCUGUCAUCCAGAAGACAGGCCUGCUCCCAAGAAUGAGGAUGAGAUGAUGGUUUUGAUAUUUGAAUACAUUGACAGAAUCUUCUCCAUUGUCCGACCUAGGAAGUUGCUCUACAUGGCGAUUGACGGUGUGGCACCACGUGCUAAAAUGAACCAGCAGAGAUCCAGAAGAUUUAGAGCCUCGAAAGAAUCCAAGGAAAAAGCAGAAGAAAUUACUAAAGUGAGAGAAGAACUUCUCGCCAAAGGAGCGUACGUUCCCCCGGAAAAGCCGGCCUCUGAGAAGUUUGACAGUAACUGUAUUACCCCUGGCACGCCGUUCAUGUUCAAGUUAGCGGAGUGUUUGCGGUACUACGUUCAUGAUCGUUUGAACAAUGACUCGGGCUGGAAAAACAUCAAAGUGAUCCUGUCAGACGCCAAUGUACCCGGGGAGGGAGAGCACAAAAUCAUGGACUACAUCAGGAAACAGAGAGGUCAGCCUGAUCAUGAUCCUAACACACACCAUUGUUUAUGUGGCGCAGACGCUGAUCUGAUCAUGUUGGGUCUUGCUACCCAUGAACCCUACUUCACCAUCAUCCGGGAGGAGUUCAAACCCAAUAAGCCCCGCUCAUGCGAGCUCUGUGGACAAAUCGGUCAUGAACUGAAGGAGUGUACAGGGGCUGCAAAGGAAAAGCAAGGAGAGUUUGAUGAGUUGCCAGCCUCGGUGGGAGAAGAACAGGCCUUCAUUUUCCUGAGGUUGAACAUUCUACGGGAAUACCUGGAGAGAGAGCUCAUGAUGACAGGGCUGCCAUUUACCUAUGAUUUUGAGAGAGCUCUGGAUGACUGGGUGUUUAUGUGCUUCUUUGUGGGAAAUGAUUUCUUACCUCAUUUACCAUCAUUAGAGAUCAGAGAAAAUGCCAUUGACAGACUCAUUAAUUUAUACAAGAAGACAGUUCACAAAACUGGGGGCUACUUGACAGACAGUGGUGUAGUCAACCUGAGCAGGGUCCAGCUUGUUAUGGCAGACCUGGGGGAAGUGGAGGACCAGAUUUUUAAGACGAGAAGAGACAAUGAGCUUAAUUUCCGGAGGAGGAAUAAAGAAAAGAAGAAGAGGCUGAAACAGUUUAAGGACAGGCCUAAUUGGACGCCCAGGGGACAGUUUGCUCCACAGCCAAUCGGGAACAGGCCGUCUCCCAUUCACAACCCCAAACAGACGGCUAUGGACAUGAGAGUACAGGGUAGGAAUUACGGCACGUCAGCUGACAGCUCAAACAAGGAGGCAGCCGCAGCACUCAGGUCAAUGCUCAAGAACGGGGAGGAAUCAAAUGAACAGCGAGGAGAAAAACGCAAGUCAACGGGCGAUGAUUCUGACGAGGAAGAGGAACCCCCAGACAAUGUCAGACUGUGGGAAGAUGGUUGGAAGGAAAGGUACUACAAAAACAAGUUCAAUGUAGAUAUCAGUGAUGCAGAAUUCAGACAUACUGUGGCUAACCAUUAUGUGAGGGGCUUAUGUUGGGUGUUGCGCUACUACUAUCAGGGUUGUGCAUCCUGGAAGUGGUAUUUUCCAUACCAUUAUGCCCCUUUUGCCUCAGAUUUUGUGAAUAUCGGGGACUUACCUAAUGACUUUGAGAGGAACACAGAACCAUUCAAGCCACUGGAACAGCUGAUGAGCGUGUUCCCAGCAGCCAGUAAACAGCACCUGCCCCUCACUUGGCAGAGACUCAUGGAGGAUCCGGAAUCACCUAUUAUAGAUUUUUACCCAGUGGAUUUCAAAAUAGAUUUGAAUGGAAAGAAAUAUGCUUGGCAAGGUGUAGCCUUGUUACCGUUCGUGGAUGAGAAGCGACUGAAGGAUGCGUUACAGUCUGUGUAUCCAGAUCUCACUGAGGAUGAAAAGAAAAGAAAUGUGCGAGGAAAUGACCGCCUGUUUGUGGGUCAGUCACACCCAGUCUUUAGCUUCCUGGAGGGUCUGUAUGAAGGGGAGAGAACUGAGGAGAUGCUCGAUAUUAAUGCCAAGCUAACUCAGGGAAUGGCCGGCAAAGUUGCGUGUGACGAGUUUGCUGUGAUGACAAGCGGUACGUUUAAAUCUCCAAUACCAAGCCACCUGCCUGAUCUCACAGAGAACAGAACAAUAACUGUGAAAUACCAAGAUCCACAGUAUGAGGAGGGAUAUUUGUUCCAGGCUAAGGUCUUACCCAAUGCAAAAAUGCCAGACAAAGUUCUCAAACCUGAGGAUUUCAACAACAGACAUCCGGGCCAUAACUUCCGUCCUCAGUUGGGCUUCACUAAAAGUUUCGGUCACAGGGGUGGGAGGGACAGCUCUACAGCAAACCGAUUUAUCAGACAUGGUCUGGGUUCACAAGAAGGUCAGGGAGGGGGCUAUGGCCGUCAACAUGGACAGGGUUACAAUGAGCAUAGGAGACAGAACUCCUGGGAUAAUGCCAGAUUCCAAGAUAAUAGAGGUCAAGGCUAUGGUGGUGGGGGUUAUGGAGGCAGAGGUGGAGGCGGGGGCAGUCGAUAUGGCGGGGGUAGUCGA